UGUAAUUUUUAGACCUGCCAGGCCUGCCUCUCUUAUAGCCCCCCUCCCCCCUCCAUGCCGCCAUUGAAGAUUGAUCGCUAAAGCGUCUACUUCUUUUCUUUUUUUUUUGAAAAUGGGAUUAAGAUGAUUUAAAGCACCGAACGGACGGCGGCCGAGGGAGGCGGAGAAGGAAGGGGGGGGGUUGUUUGAUGCGCUGUCGUGUCGGACCUCGAAGCCCCAUCUAUAGACGGAGACCCAAACACACUAAAACGUAAAUAUGUGGCUACAAAUCCAGUAAGCAGCAGCUUCAGUGGGGACUCACCGUGAGUGGGAUCGGACUGGGUUUCUCUGGUGGUGGAGGUGGAGGAAGGGGGGGGGGACGCUCGGUGACUUGCGAGCUCUUUUAUGUUUCGGUUUACGUUUGAAAGUGAGGAGUGUAAACACGGGAAAGCAAAGUGUUCUACUUGCCUGUGUGGUCUCCUUCAGUGGGAAACCGCCGAGCUGAGAGUCCCUCUAAGCAGCGGUGAGCCUCCUGCAGCGGCGGCGUGACGAUGACCGAGCUGGGUGGCAAGUGGGCCUGUGAGUACUGCACAUACGAGAACUGGCCCUCGGCCAUCAAGUGCACUAUGUGUCGUGCUCAGAGGCCUAGUGGAGGUACCAUCAUCACCGAAGAGCCCUUCAAGACCAGCCCUGGUCUGGACGCCAGCCAGCACCAGUGGGAUCCAGCAAGCCUCAGCCAUAGUAACAGCCCACCCCAGGGGGGUUCAAGCCUCCUCAUCUGCCCAGACUCCAGUGCCCGGCCUCGCGUCCGCAUAGCUGACACCCCUGAGACACCUAGCAAGUGGUCCUGCCACAUGUGCACCUAUCUGAACUGGCCCCGUGCUAUACGCUGUACACAGUGCCUAUGUCAGAGGCAACAGAUGCAGCAGCAACAACAUGGACAUCAUCAUCAAGGGCAUCAUGCCCAACUGCCACGCAGCCCCACUGAGUCCCCCCAGACCUCUGGCUCCGGCUGGCGCUCUGCUCCCCCUACAACCCCCACAGACCCCUGUGAAGAAUAUAAUGACCGUAACAGGCUUAACACAAGAUCACAACACUGGACAUGCACAGCCUGCACUUAUGAGAACUGGCCCAAGGCGUGCAGAUGUGUAGUGUGUGACCACCCUAGGCCAAACAGCCUGCUAACGGAACCUAUUGAAUUGGCAUCAGAGCCUGAGAGCCAGCAACCUCCCUCCAUACUUAAUGAAAAAGCCAGGGACAACAGGAGGGGUGUUGUUGGGCUCAUGAGCGGGGUGAAUGUAGGUGGGGUAAAUGUGGUUGGGAUGGUAGGUGGGGUUGGGGGUUGCAGUACCAGCCAGAGGAGGUCCCCACCGACCUCCAAGCAGGAGUCAGAAGUAAACAUGGACUUUCAGAGGAUCGAGCUGGCAUCAGGGGCUGGAAUCGGGAGCAAAGAGGAGGUAGAGGUGGACUUCAAAAGAUUGAAGCAGAUUAAAAACAGGAUGAGAAGGACUGACUGGUUGUUCCUCAAUGCCUGCGCUGGUGUGGUGGAAGGUGACUUGGCAGCUGUGGAGGCCUACAAGUCGUCUGGGGGUGACAUCGCACGGCAGCUAACGUCAGACGAGGUGCGUUUGCUGAAUCGACCCUCGGCAUUUGAUGAUGGCUUUACUCUGGUGCACCUGGCCAUCCGCUUCCAGAGGCAAGACAUGCUGGCUGUGCUGCUUACUGAGGUGUCCCAGCAAGCAGCCAAGUGCAUUCCAGCAAUGGUGUGCCCUGAGUUGACUGAGCAGAUCCGCCGGGAGGUAGCGGCCUCUCUGCACCAGCGAAAAGGAGACUUCACCUGCUACUUCCUGACAGACCUGGUCACCUUCACCCUGCCUGCAGACAUUGAGGACCUGCCCCCAACAGUUCAGGAAAAACUGUUUAACGAGGUGCUGGACCGAGAUGUACAGAAAGAGCUUGAAGAGGAGUCUCCCAUCAUCAAUUGGUCCCUGGAGCUAGGGACGAGGUUAGACAGCCGGUUGUAUGCCCUGUGGAACCGCACGGCAGGAGACUGCCUCCUGGACUCUGUUCUGCAGGCCACCUGGGGCAUCUAUGACAAGGACUCGGUGCUCCGCAAGACCCUCCAUGACAGCCUGCAUGACUGUUCCCACUGGUUUUAUACACGCUGGAAGGAGUGGGAGUCAUGGUAUUCGCAGAGUUUCGGCCUGCACUUCUCACUCAGAGAAGAACAGUGGCAGGAAGACUGGGCUUUCAUCCUCUCACUGGCCAGUCAGCCAGGGGCCAGCUUGGAGCAGACCCACAUUUUUGUUCUUGCACAUAUACUUCGCAGGCCAAUCAUAGUCUACGGAGUGAAGUAUUACAAAAGUUUCCGUGGAGAAACACUCGGGUAUACCCGUUUCCAAGGUGUGUACUUGCCCUUGUUGUGGGAGCAGAGUUUCUGCUGGAAGAGCCCCAUUGCUCUUGGCUACACACGGGGCCACUUCUCAGCACUGGUAGCCAUGGAGAACGAUGGCUUUGACAAUCGCGGCGCGGGCGCCAACCUCAACACAGACGAUGACGUCACCGUCACAUUCCUGCCACUGGUUGACAGCGAAAGGAAGCUGCUCCACAUUCACUUCCUCUCAGCACAGGAAAUAGGUAAUGAGGAGCAGCAGGAGAAACUGCUGCGGGAGUGGCUGGACUGCUGCGUGACAGAGGGCGGGGUUCUGGUGGCGCUUCAGAAGAGCUCACGCCGCCGCAACCACCCCCUGGUCACCCAGAUGGUGGAGAAGUGGCUGGAUGGCUACAGGCAGAUCCGCCCCUGCACCUCCCUCUCUGACGGUGAGGAGGAGGAGGAGGACGAAGAUGAGUGAUAAAAGUGGAGUGGGGGAAAUGGUCAUGGUGGAAGGGGAGGGGCAGGAUUCCUCCCCCCCUUUUUUUUCCCUUAAAAUUUCUCCUCACACAGACAAACUGUGACAGCCCUCAGGAGAGGGCAGGGGACCAUAAAUCCCACAACCCCCACCACCUACUUCUAGCAGAAGACUUUGCCCCCCCCCCCCCUUACAAGAACACACACACACACAGGCACACUUGCACACACUUAGAUAAACCACAGUGAACAUGUUACCCAGACACAUCUGAGUUUGACCACUGCUGCAAAAACAGAUCUGGGAAUGAUGGAAAAUAAAGGAUCUGGGUUUACAAAUGCUAAUGACCUUUAGUGAGUUUUUUUUCUUUUGUUUGUUUUUGUUUUGGUUUUUCAAGUGUAAAAUAAAAAUCUUUAUCAUAGAUGUAAAUGCAUGUGUGGUUGUUUAAAAAAAAGUAUAAGAACGUAUACCAGCAUUGAUUUCAAAUGAACUCUUUAUAUCAGUUUGUUAUAGGCACUGACAAAAGCACACUUCCAAAUAACUCCUUCCCCCACUUGUUAGAGUUGGCUUGUUUGGCUUCUUGUUUCAGUGGGCAGGGACAAAGCCAACAUAUCUUUGGGUCAGGGGACCGUUUGGAAAACCACAGAUUGUGUAAAAAUGACUUGGUUCUUACUCUACUAAGCACUGCACAUUUAUUUAAAAACAUUUAUCGAUAUCUAUCUAUCUAUAUAUAUAUAUAUAUAUAUAUAUAUAUAUAUAUAAUUAUAACUGCUUGCAUAAAGGUCAUAUAUGAAGCUGUUGAAAAGGGAGUGUUACCUUUUCAAAUCGAAUCUAUAGUCACUAAGGUUUCACACAGACAUUCAUGUUGGAGCUUUGGUUUACUCUUUUCCUGACUGGUUGAAAUAAAAAAAAACAUUUUUUUGAACUUAUUCUACCUAUUUAUUGUUUGGGAUUUUAUUUUGAGCUGAUAAGAGCUUUGAUUCUCUAUGUGGUUUUGUCACUUAUUCUUACAAUCUCGAUGAAGACAUUUUUGUUGCACAGAAACAUUCUUGCUGUGGGGGAAGAAACAGCCACGACUCUUGGUGAUAUGCGUUUACUUCUUUUCUCGCGAGUGAUCUAGUACCUCGUCUGGAUGUCAAAAUCUGGUGCUUUCUUUACUGGAGGAGGGCGUGAGAGUGAAACGUGUUUUUUUUUUCUGCAUAAAUCCCCAAUCACAUUAUAUCCCGGUUCAUGUUUGUCCUUUUAAUCCUGUAGUACAUGUCGUCUGUUUCAGCCUCAUGGUACAUGUGUCACUUCUCUAUUGCCCUUUUCUCAUCUUAAAGUCUUGGUCGAAGUCCUUAUGUGAGACUGCUACAUAUAAAACCAAAGUUGGAAAAAAAAAUCCCUACCAGUAGUCAAUACAUUUUGCCGUGAAUGGUGUUUUUGUUGUUUUGUUUUUCCUCACCUUGCGUACUGUAACCUCUGUGUGUUUCAUUUUAGUCACACGUUGAAUAUCACCUGUAUGUUGCUUUGUAUUUAUGCAAUAGUUGCAGCUGUGACUAUGAUGGGUUUUGGAUUUAGGCCUGACCUCUAUAAAGAGUGAAAUACUAAGGACAGGCAAAAUAAAAAAAAUAAAAAUACAAUAAAAAUAAAUAAAUAAAGGAAAACUUUUUGAAUG